UCACUCUCCCAACAAUAAGUAUGAGAUAUUGAUAUUCCAAGAGAGGAAAAAACAGAGAAGGAAUAGAGACCAACAGCAUCUGUUAUCUUCUAUUUGUAUGGAUUCUAUAUGAUCUAAAAAUCCUCCCGUAUGAUUUGGAAUCUCGCACUAGUUUAGCUCAAUAAAAAACAGGAGCAAGAAUCCGAAGACACCCACCAGACCCAAGUUGGGUCUUUUGGGAUCUCUUUAUCCUUUGCUGAGUUUUCUAGUCACCGGAAAACAGAGCAAAAAACAGAGGAGAAGCUCGGCGGCAAUGGGCAUUUUGCAUGAGGACAUGGUGGUAAUUAGCCAGGCAGAGAAGGCUGGAGAUCCUACCGUGGUCACUGUGAAUUGCCCUGACAAAACUGGGCUAGGCUGUGAUCUGUGCAGGGUCAUAUUGCUCUUUGGGAUAAGCAUUUGCAGAGGAGAUGUUUCGACGGAUGGAAAGUGGUGCUACGUAGUGUUUUGGGUGGUGGGAAAACCGGAAACAAGGUGGGAUUUGUUGACAAAGAGAUUGUUAGAAGUGUGUCCCUCACAUUUUACAACUUCUGGAAUAUACUAUUACCGGCCGGAAAACCAGCAGCCCAAGCCAUUAGAUGUGUUCCUUUUGAAAUUCUGGUGCUCUUAUGAACAGGAAGGCCUAUUGCAUGAUGUCACUAAGGUUCUUUGUGAGCUUGAGCUCACAAUAGAGAGAGUGAAGGUGUCUACUACCCCAGAUGGGAAAGUGAUGGACCUUUUUUUUGUUACAGAUACCAGAGAACUGCUGCAUACAAAAAGAAGACAAGAUGAAACAAUUAAUUGCCUGAAAGCUGUCUUGGGGAAUGUCUUGUUGGGUUGUGAAAUUGAAUUGGCUGAGUCAAAAGUUACCGCAUGUUCACAGGGUUCUCCUUAUCUUCCUUCUGUAAUCACUGAAGAAAUGUUAAGUUUAGAGCGGACCAAUGGACGCCUAAAAAGACCUGUUGCCUCCAUUCCCAUUUCAAUAACAGUGGACAAUAACCUCAGCCCCUCUCACACACUAGUUCAAAUAUUCUGUCCGGAUCAUAAAGGUCUAGUGUAUGACAUCAUGAGAACACUAAAGGAUUAUGACAUUCAGAUUUCUUAUGGACGAUUCUAUGAAAACACAAAAGGGAAUUGUGAGGUGGACUUGUUCAUAAUGCAAGCAGAUGGCAAGAAGAUUGUUGACCCCAAUAAGCAAGAUGCAUUAUGUUCUCGCUUGAGAACGGAGCUUUUGUGUCCCCUUCGAGUGGCUGUGGUGAACCGUGGCCCUGACACUGAGCUGUUGGUAGCUAACCCAGUUGAGUUGUCUGGCAAGGGUCGGCCUCUUGUCUUUUAUGAUAUUUCUCUUGCCCUCAAAGAUCUGAGCACGCGCAUCUUUUCGGCUGAGAUAGUGAGACACAUGAUCCGAGAUCGGGAGUGGGAGGUCUACAGAUUCCUGCUAGAUGAAGGAGUCUGUCCUUCAGCGCCAAAGAACAAAAUUGAGGAAGGUGUAAGAAAUAUACUGAUGGGUUGGGAAUAGAUUGAGCCAAAUUUAGUUAGCGGCUUGCAUCCCCAUCGCUGUACAGCAAUAGUUUCUGAGCAUCAAGUGUACACUGAAGUGUAAAUCAUGAUGUGCAAUUGUGCAUAAAUAAAAAAAAUGUUUAUCA